GAAUAAUGCGUAGAUAGAGGAUCGAUUUUAGACCUAUCGUCGGCCGAGGUCCAUAGGAAAGGCGUCAAUCUUGCCCCACUUCACGUCGUCUUUGCAUACAAAGAACAAAGAGGUUCUCCUCUGACAGCCUGACAUGUCACUAAAUGUGCCAGAACAUUUAAAAUGUUCAUUCAAGGCCACUAUUUUCUAAUUCACUAUGUAUCACGACUAGCAUUGAUCUGAACGACCUGUUGACACCAGUCGACUCAGUGCCCUCCCGAAGUCCACUGAGUAGAACAGACUACCAGGUUUGGGAUGAACAUCAUGCCUACAGCUAAGGAUAUCUGCGGCGAUAGUUCGUUUGGGCCUCAGGUCAGAACACAAAAUUGUCGCGGUGGAUUUGAUUUUACCGUCCUAUUCGAGGAGAGCGUGCUGUCACUUGUACCGGCGGCGCUGUUGCUGGUGAUCGCACCUUUCCGACUAGCGCAUCUGUACGGCCAAGACGUAAAGCUUCGCCCGGCUGCUCUCCAUACAUUCAAGCUGCUUGCAAUUAGUGUAUUUGCAUGCUUACAACUAGCGCUUCUGCUUCUCUGGUGCCUCUCCAAGAACACCAUCUUCCCAUCGGUUUCCAUCACGUCUGCAGUAUUGGGCCUCAUUUCUGCUUUUGUGAUCGCUUUGCUAUCACACCUGGAACACAAUAAAUCAAUUAGACCUUCCUUUCUAACUUCCUUAUAUAUACUGGUAACUUUGGUAUUCGACAUUGCGCGCGCGAGAACUCAUUGGCUUCUGCGGCAACAUGACGCUGUCGCAGCUACUCUAGCUGCAAUUGUAGCUUUGAAGCUCGCUAUACUACUUCUUGAGUCCGUGGAAAAGAGAAGCAUUUUGAUAUCAAUAUAUAGAAAUUCUUCUACGGAGUCUACAAGUGGACUCUUCAAUCGCGCCUUAUUCUGCUGGCUUAACCCCCUACUGCUCAAAGGAUUUAUGAGUAUCCUUUCAGUUGAUGACCUCUUCCCAAUUAGUGAAAAUCUGUCUUCUAUACAAGUUACGGAGCAAAUUCAAGCAGGAUGGAGCAAAAGUGAUAAACGGGGCAAGAAUGCUUUCGCUAAGACCGUAGUUCUUAGCUUCAAGUGGCCCUUUCUCGGCACGGUGGUCCCUCGAAUUUGUGUGGUUGCCCUAAAACUUGUUCAACCGUUCCUGAUUCAAGAAUCUAUCAACUACAUCAACAAUCCCAUUGUAUUAGGGUCACAAAACACUGGCUAUGGGCUGAUUGCCGCUUAUGGUUUGGUGUAUCUCUGUAUUGCAGUCUUUACUGGUUGGUAUCAACACUUGACGUUCCGGCUUGUGACGAUGAUACGAGGCGGUCUCGUAGGAGUCAUAUUUAGGAAAAUGCUAGAGUUAAAUAUUAGCGAUGUCCAGGAAUCUUCGGCCUUAACAUUGAUGAGCACGGACGUGGAAAGAAUUGCGGAAACGUGGAACUUUGUGAACGAGCUAUGGGCGAGUCUGAUACAGGCAUUAAUAGCCGUGUGGUUACUGGAGCGGCAACUGGGUGUUGUCUGUGUCUACCCAGUGCUCAUAUCUCUCGCGGCAAGUCUCUCUUCUUUCUGGAUUGCUCGAUACAUAGCUACGCGCCAGAAGGUAUGGAUAGAAGCCAUUCAAAAGAGAGUUAACCUAACCGCGGAGCUUCUUGGAUCAAUAAAAGUCGUCAAAAUGCUUGGGUUUUCAUUUAAGCUAUCUCAAAUUGUCCAAAAUAUGCGAGUUGCUGAGUUAGACCUUUCGAAAAGAUAUAGAAGACUGUCUGUUACAAAUACCUGCUUGACGAACUUGCCUAAUAUCAUCAUUCCUGUAAUCACAUUUACUGCCUUUGCGGUUUCAGGACAUAACGGUAUAAAUGUGUCCCAAGCGUUCACAUCUUUAUCAAUUCUAAGCCUUAUAACCUCGCCUAUCGCCAACAUGAUCUAUGCAAUUCCGCAGUUAUACUCGGCUCUGGGCUGCUUUCAACGGAUCCAAGAAUACAUCCAAAAGGAACCCCGACACGAUUCAAGACAAUUAAUUAUGCCAUUUGACAGAAAACAAAGUUAUGCACAACUAGAGCCUUCUGCCUCAACCUAUAAUCAGAUGGAAUUGCAAUCACUUAAAAGACCAGCCCAUGAAUCGGAUACAGAAGCUUCAACUACUAUAUGUAAAUCCAUGGUCGCUAUUCGAGACGGCUCCUUUGGAUGGCACAAGACCGGCCCAGCCACCGUUCAAGGUAUCGACUUGCAACUUUCGGGACCGUCGCUGACUAUUGUGGUCGGUCCUGUAGGCUGCGGAAAGUCAACGUUGCUCAAAAGCAUUCUCGGUGAAACCUUCAACCUCACAGGAUCUUUGAACAUUUUAUCCCUAGAAAGCGCUUUCUGUGACCAGAUUCCUUGGAUUAAAUCCGGUACGCUCCGAGAAAAUAUAAUUGGGCACUUGGAGUUCGAUGAUGUCUGGUACAAGGCAAUCAUCUAUGCCUGCGCACUGGAUACAGACUUUCAGCAGCUGCCUGACGGUGAUCAAACUACCGUCGGAAGUAAGGGUAUGAAACUGAGUGGUGGACAGAGGCAACGAUUGUCAAUUGCCCGAGCAAGCUAUGCAAGAAAACAGCUUGCAAUUUUUGACGAUGUUCUUAGUGGACUAGACGCUCUGACGGAAGAAAAGGUUUGCAACCGUUUACUUGGUCGGCACGGAUUGCUUCGCAAGUCCGGGACUGCUGUUAUAUUAGCGACACAUUCUGUGAAUUACCUGUCGCUGGCAGAUCACAUCGUAAUCUUGAAUUCUGACGGUCGUAUUGCCAAGCAAGGAACAUUUGAACAACUGAGCACUAGUGGUCGAUACCUUGAUGGCCUGGCUCGCCAUGAGAGAACACUAGGCAUUAAAGACAACGAAGGUCUACCGCAAGUACCAACAAGCACCACGUCACUUAGAAGUUCGGAACCCAGGUCUGCGAGUAGAGAUGCGCAUCGCCAGGAGGGAGACUGGAGUGUUUAUCGAUUCUACGGAGCAUCUAUGGGCUGGUGGAGGCUGGCAUUUUAUGCUACCUCUAUCGUCAGUUCUAGCACUUUUUCUGGCCUACAAACCAUAUGGCUUAGUAUGUGGUCCCAAUCCAACGAUGAAGGCUCGAGAUUAGAUUACUGGCUCUCUAUAUACGGGCUAUUUGCGCUGUGCAAUGCUCUAGCCCUUAUAAUUGCCUGCUUUUAUUUUAUGGUUAUCAUCGUUCCACGGUCUUCGCAACAUCUCCACUGGUCAGCUCUGAAGAUUGCUAUGAGUGCCCCACUCUCUUUUUUUACUCGCAUAGAUACCGGGAUUAUUGUCAAUCAUUUUAGCCAAGACAUGCGGCUUCUUGAUAUGACCUUACCAAAUGCGAUGAUUUCGGCUUCGUUUCAGCUUGUUAAUACUAUCUGGAGCUUCAUUCUUACUUCAAUCGCUGUCUGGUACAUGGUAAUACCUAUACCAUUCCUCGUUGGACUCGUGUACGGAAUCCAGAAAUUUUAUUUGAGAACCUCCCGGCAACUACGAUUACUCGACCUCGAAACGAAGGCGCCCCUAUACUCUCACUUCAUUGAGUCUCUUUCCGGAUUGGCGACCUUACGAGCGUUUGGCUGGUCUGAGGCUGCCUUCGAGAAGAAUUUUCAGCUUCUUGACAUAUCCCAAAAGCCAUUCUACCUACUUCUAUGCGUCCAAAGAUGGCUUACGCUGGUCUUGGAUAUAGUCGUUGCGAUUGUUGCUGUUCUACUCAUAUCGCUAGCCGUAGCUUUACGUUCGCAGAUCAAUCCUGGGUUUUUAGGUGUAGCAAUGGUUAACGUCAUGAAUCUAAGUACCGCACUUACUAACUUGGUUAAUUUCUGGACACUUUUAGAAACGUCGCUAGGUGCAGUUCGGAGGAUCAAGGACUUUACGGAGAAUACAGAAUCUGAAAAUUUAGCAGGAGAGGACCAGAUUCCGCCGCCUGAAUGGCCAGUGAAGGGUGACUUGGCACUCAUUGGGAUAUCCGCGGCAUACAAUUCAAAUGACACUCCCGUCCUUUCCAAUAUUACUCUAUCAGUGACGCAUGGCCAGAGAGUUGCAGUCUGUGGAAGAACUGGAAGCGGAAAGAGCUCCCUUCUUCUCGCUCUUUUAAGGAUGAUUGAUCUUACCGAAGGCACUAUCAUGAUUGAUGGCGUUGAUACCUCCAGGAUACCGCGAGACUUCCUUCGCUCUAAAUUUGUGACCCUGCCACAGGAUUACUUUUCGCUUGCGGGAACUGUGCGCUUCAACGCAGAUCCCCUCGGCCAAGCUUCUGAUGAGCAGAUUAUUGCUGCACUUGAGCAGGUCCAGCUGUGGAAGCUGAUCCGCACUAAGGGGGGUCUGGACGUCAAUAUGGACGGCAGCCUCUUUUCCCACGGACAGAUCCAGCUCUUCAGUCUCGCAAGAGCAAUGUUGCAGGAGAACCCAAUCCUGAUACUUGACGAGCCAACAAGUAGUGUCGACACCGAUACCGAGGAGCUGAUCCAGCGGCUCCUUCGCGAGCGGUUCAACAAUCAUACUAUCAUCAUGAUCGCGCACAGGCUAAAGAGUGUCGCUAACUAUGACAAAAUAGCCGUCCUGGAUGGCGGCAAACUUGCAGAAUUCGACUCUCCCGACGCCCUUCUGUCCAGGCCUUCCAUCUUCCGAAGCUUGUAUGAAGCUUGCUAAUGAUCAUAUUUUCCGUGCUAUAUUAAAACAGAAGGUUUAUGGCUCUCUCAAUCAUGCUGUGAGCCGUCAUUUACUGGACUGGGCCUUGUGUACACCCCAUUGUGCGAUAAUUCUAGAUUGUGAAGCCCCACCCCAAUGAAUGAACGGAUUAUUGGAAUUCGAACCUCAACCUCGUUAAUGACGUAUAUUUUACUCUGCAGUGUAUUACGAGCCACAAGUGAAGUAGUAGGGAUUAUAAAUCAGGCUCGCAUACUAGUGAUGAGCGUUG